AUGGACAGCGACGAGCUUGUGAUCAAAGAAUUUGCGGGCCGUCGUCAUCUUAUCAGUGAGCUCGAUGCCACCACGCUUGGAUUUGAUGGUGCUCCCGCAGUCCACCACGCAUCGAUGUCAACACUGGCACAGGUGCCAAAACCGUCAGACAUGGAGUCCAUCCAAUAUGCGGAGGUUGCAUCGCGAUUGAACUCUUUGGUUUUGGCCAUUUUCAUGCUGGGCAUGUAUACGAUCGUUUAUUUCGGGACGCUUUACGUUUGUGUGACUAGUAAAAUAUCCCGGGGAAGAGUGGUCAUGAGCGCCAUUACCAUGCUGUAUGUCUUCGCCGUUGUGGGCCUGGGGUUCAAUUGGGCUCUUUUGCAGUGGUACUUUUUGAAGAAUGGGGAUACGAGGCAAACUGUGUUUGCUUCUCUGUACACUGUUCCACGCUGGAUCCUCUCCGUCAAGAACAUGUUUGUAUUUGGUAUGCUCCUAAUAUCUGACGGGCUCAAGAUAUGGAGAUGCUUUCACGUAUGGAACAGAUCAUAUCGUACUAUCUUGUUACCGUUCAUGCUGUAUAUUGGGGAGCUUGGAAUUUUCGUCGCCGCGUUAAUCACCCUUUUCGUUAUGAGUGCACAUUCGCGACCGUCAGAUUCGAUGCUCCCAAAUAACCUGCAGUCCUCGGGAUAUUUUCUUUCCGCAGCGACGAGUCUGACAGCCACAAUCCUCAUCGGAUCCAGAGUCAAGGCUGUAGCCAAGGAAGGUGCACCAGACUCGACUGGACGGUUCAAGAAUAUUCUUGAGAUCAUGAUACAAUCCGUGGCAGUGUACUCUCUGGCCAUUAUCCUACAAGCCAUAUCCGUUGUCAUUCCAAAUGACGGCUCAAGGCCCCAGUUAACCGCCCUGCAGGACUACUCGUCGGCAAUUCUCACCCCAAUUGCGGGUAUUGCACCUACGAUUAUGGUUGCUCGAGUCUGCCUGGCUGCAGACACAUCGAUCAUUUGGUCGAAAUCGCGCAAGAUUACGACAUUGAAGUUCCAAACACCCAAAGGAGAGCUUAUCUCGGAGAAUAAAUCGAGAUUGUCUAAUGUCUGA